AUUCUACUUGUGCAAUAUCUCAUAGUUCAGAGUUAGCAGUACUUCUACAAAAAGUAUCUUUUAUUGUUUGGAAUGGAGUGCCAAUAAUGAAACACCAUGCAUUUGAAACUAUGGAUCAAAUUUUAUAUGAUCUUAUAAAAGCUAUAGACAAAACUCUAGAAAACAAACUAUUCAAAGAUAAAGUUGUAUUGUUAGAAGUAACUUUUGGCAAAUUCUUCUGGUGGUGA